AGCAGAGGGCUGCGGGCACACCCAUCGGGCGCAACGCUCCGGAGACGCCAUCGGGGUUUCGAUGCAAAUCCGUCCCGGGCGGCUCCGGAUCUCUGUGUCAUUUUAGAGAGAGCGACGACGCGCAUAAGAGUCAGUGACGGUUAGAUGGCGAUAAUAAAAGUCUUCACCAUGGAGGGGAGGAUUUCUGCCUUGACUCUCCUGUGUCUGGUGCUGUCAGGUGUCGGUGCCCUCCAGGUGAACAUCCCACAGGACUCAUAUGAGUAUGCCAGAGGUGACAACAUCACACUGCCCUGCAGCUUCACACCCAAAACCCCAUUAAAGGAGACCGAUCUAGUUAUCAUCAAAUGGUCUGAUGAGGCUGCAGAAGUUGGUGCUGAAGAGAACCGGAUUCUCUCUUAUUAUACCCUGAAUAAACAACUUGACAUCACACCGCCAUAUGAAGGUCGGGUAUCCCUGGACGUAGAUGUUUUUAAGGGAAAGGCCGACCUGAAACUGUCCUCCAUCACACUAGCAGACAACAAGGAGUUUCAGUGUAGUGUCCAGAUCCCGGGUGAUGACGAAGGCAAACUGUCUGACAAGGCACAAUUGGUGGUUCUAGUUGCUCCAUCUAUACCCAUCUGUAAGAUCCAGGGUAAAGCAGAGUACGGCCAGAACAUCAACCUGACAUGUCUGUCUAAGGAAGGCUCGCCACCACCCACUUAUAAGUGGGAAAGUCGAGACGUCAGGAACAUGCCUCGUGUUCCAGAUCCAAGAACAACUGACAAGGGAGGCAUCCUGUCUCUUUUCAAUAUCUCCAGAGAAACAUCGGGAUUCUACAUCUGCACCUCCAGUAACAAGAUCCGCUCUGCAACCUGCAACUUGACCCUCUCAGUCAUGCCACCUUCCAUGAACAUAGGCUCGACUGCAGGAAUCAUUGGUGGAGUCGUCGCCGCGCUGAUAUUACUCAUCGUCGUCAUCUAUUGCUGCUGCUGCAGGAAGAAGAAUAAGGAGGAAGAAUAUGCCAUGGGAGUUCGUGAGGAAGAGUACCGUGACAAAGAGCCAGCUUUAAAUGGUGAGAGUCGCCAUGCUGAUGGGCAAGAGGACACAAGAGGUCGUGAUGCCGCCAGCCCUGCCGGCAGCGGUGACCGUUACGAGGAAAGGAGUGAGCGCGACUACGACCGCCGCAGCGACUACAAUGAUCGUCGCAGCGACUACGACGAUCGCCGCAGCGACUACGACGAUCGCCGCAGCGACUACACUGACCGACGUGACCGCAAUGAGCGCUACGACAGUGAGCGCCAUUAUGAUGAUGAACGUCGCUACGAUGACCGCCGUUAUGAUGAUGACCGCUAUGACGAGCCGUACGAUGAUCGUGGACCACCACGUGUGCCUGCCAAUAAGCCCACAAGGAGGGACUACGACGACUAAGGCCACUGACCCUUAUCAGCCGCAAUCUUACAGUUUUCAUCUUGUAAUGAGUGACUUUAGUCCAGGUGUCCAAUUUUUGCCUCCAUUAAUCAAAUUAAGAAGGAAGUGUAAUAGGACUCAACCAGAUGUAGAAUUUUUCUCGGUUGAACUGCAUUUGGCUACGAAGAUUUGAUGAUUUGUUCCUUCUUCAGUUCAGUGCCACACUAAUCUGCGACAUGAGUCUCAUGUUGUAUCUGUAGGUCUCCCAUUUUAAUGCCUUGCUCAUCUGAAAAAAUCAGAGAAAGUUCAGUCCCAUACUUCAGUCAUAAAAUCCUGCCUGGCUGCUGACAGCGCUGCGAGCCAAAGAGCAAAACGGUGGACAGCAGCAGACGAGGUUAUAACACAACUUCAGUGACAGUCAGUCACCGGAGCAGAUAGCAUCGGAGCGCCGGCCAGACUGGAAUCGUGCUGCCCUGCCUCAUGCUGUCCGCCAUCACGCUGCCUUCUGUUGCUGUCGCUCCUUCUUGGCUCCAUCACAGUUAGUUUUGUGAUCGGUGUUGUAAAGUUCUUAAUCUCCUUGUUUUUGUUUGAUAAGUUUUGGCACAUGACAAACAUUUAACAGACCUUCAGAGAGCUGUUAAAUUCAGAAACGAGUCGUUAAUUCAAACGCGAUACACUGGCAUUGUUACUAAGAAUGCAAAGCUCUGUGUGUGUGCGCGUGUAUUUUAGAUGGUUCUGCUGUUGGGUGUGUUACUGGUGGUAGUUUCUUUUCAGGAAGUUACCUUGACACAAGCGAUUUGCUUCAGUUUUGUGUCAUUGUUUAUGCCUUACAGAAUAGUUUUUCUUGUUGGAGUUCGGUACUAUACAUCCUUCUAUAUGUAAAUAUUAUACGGGUUAGUUUUCAAUGUCCUCUGUGCUUUCUUCAGUGCUUCCAUUUUUUUUAUUUAGAAAUUAGUACUGCAGCCUCCUGAUUGCUGGGAUUGAUUAUGUCAAAACAGAUGUCUGGGUUUAAAAAAAAAAACAAAAAAAUUAUAUAUUUUUUUUAACAAAAAAAUAAUUUUAAUCAACUAAAAAUUCUGACAAACAGUAUAUAUUAUUGUAUUUUGCUUUUAAAUGUUUUUUUCUUAUGUUUAAUUUUUAAAUAGAUUUAUGUUUAAAUUCAGAGAGAUUUGACAAUGUACAUACGCUAUCAUUUUUAUCUCAGCAAUAUUAAUGGUAAUGUUAUCAGUUUUACAUUGACAUUGACAUUUUUCUGUUGCAUCCCAUUCACCAACUGUGCUGUAAAAUCAAUAAAGAUUGAUUAAAUAAUGUGA